AUUUAUACCCUGAAGCCUCCUCCUUUUGGAACUUCGGCCACCCCCACAAAACCCCCCAGCUUGCAAGCUGCACCACAGCAGUUUAACUUUCGAUACAGCCGUCAGCAAACUCGAACAGUAACAGGGAAAGAGUGCCAUCAUAUGAAACAUGAUCAGGUUUCUUCUAUCAGUGUUCGACUGGUUCUGCAGUUUUGCAGAGUACCUGGUAGGUACACAUCGAGACUCUUGUCUGUUUUGGCACUGAGGUGGUGGAGUAAACAAGCUCUAGAUGUCAGAACGGCUGAGUCACUGACUGUCUUCACGUUAGUUGACCUGACCCAGUCCUAUUCAUACGAAGUUGUGGUGAAGAAUACAGCCCAGUCUGUUAUCGUGCCUCUGAAAAAUUGCAUCAGCUCCCUCGACAGAGUCUACGAAGCACUCGUGGCUACAGACGUCCAUCCAUUUACUGGACACUGCUCCAACUACGAGUACAUCAGGCAGCAGAUAGUGCAGGCCUGGCAGAGUAUGCAGCUCUCCGAUCAGGCAGCUACGACAUGUCUGAGGCGUCUGGAUGAGGCGUUGGAAACUCUGACACGGGACAAGGGAACACUCACACGGCAGAAGAAUACUACAGAGUGCACCUUGAACAGCUUGAGAACAGAGCAGGAUUCGAAUGAAAAGUUGCUCCAAAAAUCUCAAGAAGCUUUGCAGCAGGCCGAGACAAACCUGAAUUCAACAAAGGAGAUGAUACAGAGGCAGGAAAGAAGGGAAGAAACCGCUUCAAGGGUCGCACGUGUAGGGCUGGCAGUGACUCUUAUACCAUUUAUUGGAUGGGUUGUUGGUCCUGCGUUGAUGAUUGGUAGUGUGAUAGAAAUGAAUGAAGCAUCAAAAGCCUUGAAAAUAGCUGAAGAGGAGUUGCAAAAGUUUAAGAAACAAGUGGAAACUUACACAAGCAAAGUGUCUGACCACAAGUUCAAGAUUGUCCAGACAGAUCGUAACAUCCGUAAGAUGGAUCAGAAACUGAAGCGGAUCCUUAACCAGAUCGACAUGCUGAAAAAGCAGAGACGGAGUCUGGCCGAGUUGCAGCUGAAGGUGAGGCGCUCCGUUCACGUCCUGAGUAUCCUCAGCGGCCAGGUCAACGUGUUGGAGCAACACACUCGCGUGUACAUCGUAUACGAGUAUGUGCUGCAGGUGAUGGAGGAGGUGAUGCAGACGGCAGAAGAAAUCACAGGGAACAAGCUGCUCUGUGACACAGAAGUGUUGAGACUCGUCGGGAAGAUGAGGCAGAACAACCGACACCUGAGAGCCAUCUGUGCUUCACGAAAUAAUGCUGGAGCCGAGAACUUCCUGAAUUACAUGUAACCUUGUUUUAACUAAUUUGCAUGGCAAAAAAUCACUAAUUAUCAUUUAAGAACAGUCAGUCCCUCCAGGAUUUUCAAGGUUUUGUUUUUUGUAAUUGUUUCAGCCAAAGACUCAAUUUUAGUGCUUUUUCUCACAGGGUCCUUCUUUUAAACUCCUACAAGUGAAGACACAUACAGUAUAUAAUGACGUUACAUGAGAGCUGUGCUCAUGUUCAGCACUCUUCAAUCGAAUCGUCUUUGGCUCAGUGUGGGUUGUGACGUCAUAAUUUCUGCUCCUCAGAAUAUCAGUUACUUGUUUUUGUGUUCUUUUCAGCGAUCGCCAAAUCCUAGAGAGACUGGCAUUAAUAAAAACACCACAAAUCUAUUAAAAAACAUGAUGAUUUAUACUAUUGGGUUUACACCGAUCAGCCAUAACAUUAUGACAGGUGAAUAAGUGAAGUGAAUAACACUGAUUAUCUCUUCAUCAUGGCACUUGUUAGUGGGUGGGAUAUAUUAGGCAGCAAGUCAACAUUUUGUCCUCAAAGUUGAUGUGUUAGAAGCAGAAAAAAUGGGCAAGCGUAAGGAUUUGAGCGAGUUUGACGAAGGGCCAAACUGUGAUGGCUAGACCACUGGAUCAGAGCAUCUCCAAAACUGCAGCUCUUGUGGGGUGUUCCCGGUCUGCAGUGGUCACUAUCUGUCAAAAUGUCUUGUAAGCAUCUUUUGAGUCUUGUAGGUAUCCUUUAAGUCCCUUAAGUUGUGAGGUGGGUUCCAUAGACGCUCCACCUCACAACUUACAGGACCUAAAGGAUCUGCUGCUAACAUCUUUGUGCCAGAUCGCACAACACUCCUUCAGGCAUCUAGUGAAGUCCAUGCCUCACUGGGUCAGGGCUGCUUUGGCAACAAAAGGGAGACUAGCACAAUAUUAGACAGGUGGUCAUAAUGUUAUGCCUGUUCGGUGUAUAGUGUGCCUGUUUUGUGUUUAGUAAAAGUUUUAUUCAAAUAUCCCUAGGAGAAUAGUGCAUGAAAAUAUUUGUGAUUUCUGUAAUUAAUAAAAAAUCUCAUGAUGUGUCAACAUUUUGUCACAGAGUUUAAACAGUCAGCUAGCAGUAUGCAGUAACUGACACACAGUUAUAGAAAAGUGUGCGGUAUUUCUUCAGAAUAUUGUACAGAGUAGGUCAAAUGAAAAUGCGGUUAAUUAUCUCUGAGGACUCAAGAAGAAAUACUGAAGCAUGUUUGGAAAAGAAUGUUAAAAACACAAGCGUCUAAACAUGUCAUUAUUGGUUGUAUGCAUUUAGAACACAAUGUCUCUAUAUAUGAGUGAAUAUAUUCUUAAACAAUAAAUCAUAAAA